AUGUCAUCAUCUCAACCUCAACAACAAGAACAACAGCAAUCGGGAUCUACCAAUCUUAGAUACCAACCACCACUAGAGGUUCUUACCAAUUUGCUCAGAACUCAGCAAUUCUACUGGUUCUUGGGUCAUGUAUUGGCAGUAUUGUUCUUUGUCUUGAAUUUCGUCACUGGGUUCUUCCGUCCUCGUUCAUCUUUACGUUAUUACCAAUUCGCCUUGUUGUCAAUCAUAUUGACUUAUUUGAUUGUCAUCAGACAAGUUCAUUUCAAGUCUGGGUUCAAGUUCUCAACCAUUAACGCCAGGUUAUUGCGUGAUGAAAAUGUUCAAUACUUGACUUUGGCUAUUGUAUUGUACGGAUCAAGUUUUGUCAUUGGCCAAACUCAAGCUAGUUUAUACUCAUUUGUUAUAUUUUCCGUGUUCCAUGUUUCCACCUAUUUCCAAAACCAUUUGUUAUCCGUCUUCUUACCUAGCAUUGGUGCCCAACAAAGAGUCAACUCUUUGAUUACCCAAUUCACUCAUAAGUUCAACCAGCCGGCAUUGUUUCUCGCUGCCAAUGCUGAAAUCAUGAUGUUGUUAUUUGCAGGAUUUCAAUUGGCCAUCAGUUCAUUGUUUUUAUUAUUCAGAUGGAACUUUGUCUAUGUCGGUGUCCAAGGAUUUGUAUUUGGAGUUGUUGUUGCAUUCAACAAGUUGAGAUAUGACGGUAAUCAAUACACCAAGACUGUUGUUGACCUGAUGGAUGCCAGGGCUAACCAAUUUGUUGCGCAAGUUAACAACCCACAAGUCACUGAGUUGUACACCAAGAUCAGAACCAAUGUGAUCAACUACAUUAGAUUGAUCCAAUUGCCAAAAAGUGCUGCCAAAAAGAACUAG